AUGCAACAUUAAUUGAGUUUGACUAUUGAGAGUAAUGAUAGUUAUGAUUAGAUUGAUAACAUUGAUAUGUCAUAAUUCAAUGAGAACUUAUUAUUUUAAGGAAAAGAAUAAUCCAAAUUAUUAUCAGAUAUCCAUAUGGCUUCUGAAAAAUUAUCACAUUCUGCUGAUCAUUAUAUAAAUGAGAUUGUAGAAUAAACAUAAGGAUCAAUGUAAUAUUUAUUUUAUUUUCAAAGAAAACAAAUUAUUAUGAUCUAAUCAUAUUAUAGAAUGUAUUCUUGUAAGAUCAAAUAUUAAAAAAGAAAGAAAUGGGCUAGAUAUCGUAAAUGUGUAAUUCAAGAAUUAGUAGAUAGUGAAUUUACAUAUCUAAAAUAUUUAGAAUUAAUUAUUGUGAAGUUUUAUGAUCCAUUAUAAGGAAUCUUGACAGAAACUUAAUCUAAAUUAUUAUUCAGAAAUUUGAAACAAAUAUAUUUACUAAAUAAGUAAUUUUUAUUUGAAAUCUCAGGUAUUUUAUUAAAUUUAUUAUUAUAGAAAGAUUUAGCAAUUUUACUUAACAUACUUGUUUUGGCAAAAUCUUUGAUAAAUAUGUUUAAUUUUUUAAGAUAUACUUUGAAUAUACUUCAGGUUUCUCAAUUGAAGUUGUAUCUUUAUUAAGAAAAGAAAUUCCAAAAUUGAAUGAUUUUAUAACAGAAUUAGAAGAAGCUGAUAUUUUUAAAGGAGGCAAUCUAGAAUCUUAUCUCAUUAAACCAGUUUAAAGAUUACCAAAAUAUGUUCUUUUAAUUAAAGAUUUAAUUAAACAUACAUGGAAAUCUCAUCCAGAUUAUGAGUCAUUAUAAGUAAGUGUCAAUAAAUUUAUUGAAGUGAAUAGUAAAAUUGAUAUCUUAAUGGAUAAGUAAAAAUUCAUAUAUUUAUUUUAGUGUUCUCAAGAAUCAAAUGUUAUUUGAAUUAUAAAAAUUAUUUUUUGAUUCUAUUAAUGUAUCUAUUGUUGAAUCUACAAGAAGAUAUGUUUAAAGUGAAACUAUUAAUGUACUUGUCUCAAAAUAAUAGAAAUCAGUUAUUGUCUAUAUAUGUAAUGACAUGAUAAUACUAACAUAAAGAAAUUAGAAUGCUUUAGCUAAAUAACAUGAAAAAUUGUAUGAAUAUCUUUACCUUAAUGAGAAAUCUUAUUGUAAAAAUAAACCAGAAACUUAAUAUUGCAAAUUCUUAUUUACAGUCUCCUCUUAAGAAUAAUCAAUUACAUUUAUAUGUUAAGAUGCUGAACAAAAAUAAAAAUUAUUAAGUUUAUUUGAAUCCUUAAUUAAUGAUAUUAAAAUGAAAUAUUAAAAAUUAGAAAUCUAUUAAGAAAACGAUAUCUAACCAAUUUAAGUAUUUGCCAAGGGUACAGAAUUAAGAAAGUCCUUACUUUAAUCAUAUACUGUUUAUGUGAUGUUUGUAUAUAUAGAAUUGAAUAUAGAUUACUGCAGGAACUUAAAAUUUAACCUUAUUAACCAGAUACAGUAGUUUAAUAAAGUUAGAAAAUAUGUUAAGAAAACAAUUCCCUGAUAUAUCUAUUCCACAUUUAAGCAAGAAUCAAUGGGCUAGCAAUAAAAAAACUUAAUUAAUAGAAGCCAGGAAAAUCAUCAUUGAAAAUUUCCUUGAAGCUGUUCUAAAUUCACCUCUUAUUAAAUAAAAUCCAGAAUAAGUAUUAAAAUAUUUAGAAUUACCACCUUCAUUUUAUGAGGCUAUUGCAUCCAGUCCUAAUAAAAUAUGUAUUGAAAGAGAGAGUCUAAGAAAUACAAUGAAGUCUUCUUCAUUUAAUACAGAUGAUUAUUCAUUAAGUGAAACUUUAAGAUUUGUAAGAAAUACUAAUACUAUCAGAUAAACUUUGCAUCAUAAAAGUUUAAAAGUUAGUAAUUAAACUAUCAAUAUUAAAGUAUUAUUAUAUACUUCUAUAUAUUUUUAGAUAAUGUUUCUAGAUGAAUAUUAUAUCUUUUUACCUAUUAGUCCUGAAUUAAGAGUAGCUGAUUUGAUUGAAAUGGCUGCUGGAGCCAUUAAAUUAUAAAGUUAUGAUGAUUUUAAGUUCUUUUUAAUUAAUGAUUAAGAAAUUAGAAUUCUUGAUGAUGAUGAUUGCAUUCCAUAAAUUUAAUUAAAUAAAUCAAAUAAUGAAAGUGUUUUUUCAAAACUUACAUUUCUAUUUAAAGAACGAGAAAAAACUAAUACUAAAUUAUUACUAAAAAAAUAUUUAUAUUUAACACCAAAAUAAGAGAAAAAAGAUUAUUAGUCAGAUCUAGUUAGACUUAAUUUAAUAUGUCAUUAAGCAUUUGAUGAUAUAAAGAAUAUGAAAUAUAAAGUCACCUUUUCAUAAUAUUGUAUAUAUUCCAUUUACUAUCUAAUAAUCAAAUAUUAUGAAAAUUUUAGACAUGUAAAAUAAUGUAAAUAUUUAGAUUUUUACUAAAUAAUCUUUACCUAUUAAUUUAGUGAAAUAAUUAAUACCAGAUAAAGUAUAUAAACAAGAGAAGGAAUAAACAUGGAUUUCAGAAAUAUAUAUUGCAAUAGGAAUUGUAAAAUAAGAAAUAGAAUAAAUACUUAAAUAACAUGAUAAGAAUUUAUAAGGCAUUAAAAAAUUAGAAUAGUAAUUCCAAUAUAUUACAGAAUUGCUAUUUAUGGAAUCUCUAUAAUAGAAUCCAUUUUAUGGAUUACAAUAUUUUAAUAUUGAAAUACCUAAUACAAGCAAAGAUAUAUUAUAAAGGUUAUUAUAUAUUAUUAUUAUUUAUUUAGAUAAUUUUAAUGUUAAUUAGAAACAUAUUCUAUAUUAGGAGUUAAGUAUGAUAGAUUUAUUAUUAUUCAUAAUAUGGAAAAGAAAUUGGAAAUAUUUCUAAAUGACAUAGUCAAUCUAUCACCAUUCCCAUUUUAUUUUCAAUUUUAAAUAAAGUAAAUUAAAAAUGAAUAAUUUAUAUUCAAGACUUCAAAUGGAUUAGAAAUUUAAAAACUUUAAGAACUAUACUCAAAUAUCUCUAAUAAUUUAUGA